AUGAGUGUAUUCCUGACUUGUGCAUCAAUGCCAGAUGUGUUAUACUUUGACAACAACUGUAAUCUCUGCCAACACCUUGAAAACUGCUUGGAAGACGUUCGCCAACACUUUGCCCACACAACUCUCAUUGUUGACAUGUUUCAUUGGAACGGAAAGCACUUGAAGGAUGAAUAUUGCAACAUGUAUUGCAAUCUGGCAUUGUACCCAGAGCUGUGCAAUGAGGGUAAGCGAAACAAGAGAUUUGGUACCCAAACACAAGAGAUGACGCCUGUCUGGUAUGAGUUCUUCCUGGAUGAGGUUAUCAAGGCGCACAAUGAAGACCUCGAAAGAUCACUUUGCAAGAGUGAUCAAUUUCCACACCAUAUUCCUGCCUGCAAACUGCAAUAG